AUGACAGGAAGGAAGGCCGGAGUGUGCCAUAGCUGUAGGUCGAAGGGGCAUUUCUUUGCGGAAUGCUCGAAUAAACGACAUUGCCCUUGGUGUAAACAUGGCUUCGUGAAGUGCUUCGAGGUCGAAAGGGAGACUAAGAAGAAGGGCAAAUUGUUCAAUUGCUGCAGUGCUAAGUGUAGGUACUGGGAAUGGGUCGAUAAAGGAGAGUCAUGCAGCAAAUCAUCCAGUACGGUCACUGUUAACUUAAACAAUUCUACAACAACCGAAGAACUUCAACAGAUAAAUCGCACAUUCCAAUCUUGGUUCGGGUAG